AUGACUGACGCGACGGACGACGAUCGCGCGCAGGGACGACGGGAGGACGAUGAUGGUGACGUGGAUGCGUCUCCGCGCGCGCCGCGACGAAGCGUGUCGUUCGAUAACGCGCGGCGGGCGAUCGAGCGGGGGAAGGAGCGGUGGCGGAGCAUGCGGUUGCGCACGCAGUCGACGGUGGUGAUGAUCAUCGGCGCGGCGGGACCGACGGUGGCGGGACACGCGUACGCGAUUGCGCUGUGCUUUGCGUGUCAGUACGCGAUGACGAAGGAGUUGUUUGUGUUCGUCAGUAGCGCGUACGCGGAGGAAAACGCGAGCGGCGAGGACGCGGCCAAGUUGCGCAGGACGACGAACGCGCUCCGGUGGUACUGGUUUUGGACGUUUGCGUUUUACGUCUACGGUAGGUUCGCGAAAUAUCUAUUCCUCGGCUUCAUGAGCGCCAAGGAUUGGAGGGAUCUGCUGAGCGAAGGACCGGAGGUGAGCCCGUGGGCGUGGGCGGCGAUGCAUCACACGUUUCUGAGCUUUAUGGCGUACCUUGGAGGUUUAGUGUACUUUGUGUUGACGCUGCGCAAGGGGAUAUACGAGUAUCAGUUCGCGCAGUUCGCUUGGACGCAUAUGAUCCUCGCAGCGACGACGAUGACCGGAUACUUCAACGUCUCGAACGUCUUGGAGGGGAUGAUUUGGUUCGUGUUUCCGCUCUUCCUCGUCACCACUAACGACAUCAUGGCGUACAUUUGCGGGAAGCUCUUCGGUCGAACGCCUCUGAUCAAAAUUUCUCCGAAAAAGACGUGGGAAGGAUUUAUCGGGGCGUUCAUCUGCACGAUUUUCGCCGCGCCUUUUAUGGCGGCGUACUUGCAGAGGUCGGUGUACUUUACGUGUCCACCGAGCGGUGACAUGUACUUCCGAGGCAUCUUCUCGCGUCGCUCAUGGUGCGUUCCGGGCGAACCGUUUAUCGUCUCCGAUAAGCCGAUCACGAUGUUCUUAGGUACUAUCGCCGGUCCUUUCAUCACGCGACUCACGGGAUUGAGUCACGUGCGAUGCUCGAUGUUUAUGGUGCACUCGUUCGCGCUCGCCAUGUUCGCGAGCACGGUGGCGCCCUUUGGGGGGUUCUUCGCCUCUGGGUUCAAGCGCGCGUUCAAGAUCAAGGACUUUGCGGAGACUAUUCCGGGACACGGCGGUGUCACCGAUCGAUUAGACUGCCAAGUCAUCAACUCGUGCUUCUCCUCACUCUACCUGUCCAACUUCGUCAAGCACGUGGGCGGUUCGCUCACGCUGGGCAUGCUCCUGACGAAGAUCGAGCUCGUAUGCGACGAGCACAUCGUGCAGCUCUACGAGGCGCUCGGACAGAUGGUCAACGCUCGAGGCUUGACUGUGGCCGCGUCGAGCGCGUCCGCGGCAGCGGAAACCGCCGCGUCCUUGUAA